AAAAGACGAUCCAGGUGGGACUGAAGCCACCGCUCGGUGAAGUGCAGGGCCGUGCCGGAUCCAUCAACACACUCCAUUGACUGUUGCUCUUUAUGCUCAUUCAUGGCUCUCAUAACUGCUACUCCUUCUUCCCAACACCCGGACACUCUCCUUGCCGUCCUAUAUAUACCGCCCACUCUCCACCUCUGUCUCACAGCCCCCCAGCCGCCCAUCUACCUUUUUCGGAAUCGUUCAGCUGUAAACUAUUUUCGACGUUGUCGAUACAGUUCACUGUCGGUUUUCUGAAGCUAUGGCGAUGAGACUGGUUGCAGUUGCUGCGGUUCUCCUCAGCUGCAGCUGCUUCGCUCCUGCUGAUGCCGCCAGGGCAUUGCUUACUCUACCCGGGAGUGGCAGUGGGAGUGGUGGCUUGAGCAGCUUGCUCCCGAGCUUGAGCUUCUGCCCACCCCCUCCCUCGACGGACCCAGUGACCCCGCCUUACACUCCGUCCUACAGUCCUCCUACUCCCUCUGUAGACUCUCCGGUGAUCCCCACCCCUUCUGCUCCUUAUACUCCUACUCCGACGACGCCCAGUGGUGGAUCCCCCUCUACCCCUACUCCCAGCACCCCGUCUUCUCCGUAUACCCCAAGUCCUUCUGGUUCUUCUCCCGGCUCUGGUUCCCCACCUGCAGGUGGUUACUGAGAGGUUGUUUUCGUUGCGGUGUGGGCCUCAGGAUUCAAGGUCCAUGAGAGCACUGCUAUUAUGUUGUUGUGUUGGGCAUUUUUACGUGAAUGGAGUCAAUGUCCAUCUCUUGUAAGCUUCUCCUCCGCAAGUUGUGAAGUCUGGUGUACAAGUGACGCCAGGAUUCGGCAUGUCAGCAUCUGAUUAGAUCGGUGGGGUUGUAGUGGAGUAGUGCAUGGCAGGGUGUCGACUCAGGCAGUUAGGGAGCUGGUCAUCUCGGGAAGUGGAUUAAUUUCUUCACAUCAUGUUAGGUGGUGUAUUUAGAGGUUGCCAUAUUAGUCGCCGAUUUGAUUUGCAAAGUUGGUCAUGACCUACGAUUUGUGUCAUUUGAUGCUACUUUUGAAGUAAAGAUGAAGUAAAUGUUUCACUUACGGU